AAGCUCCUCCCCGCUCUAUUCCUAUUGGCCUCGGGCGAUCCCGCCCCUAGCCGCCCGCUGGGGCUCGGGGGCCCUUAGGCUACUACGGAAUAAAUAGCCCCGGGAGCCUGGCUUGAAGGUAGGGGUGGGGAAGUCCCAGGGCGCUGCCGCCACUCUCCUCGCCGUCCGUUGGUCAGGCGGGACAGGACUGGGCAGGGUGGGGGACAGCUUGGUGUACAUUCAGACCCUCAGUACUUUGCUAUCGCACUGCCUGUGCUCCGGAGCCGCAGAAAGUUUCUGGCAACCCCUGCCGCCGGGAUUGGGCAAAGCCAGGACUGCGCCGCCCCUCGCCGGGAUAUGGAGCUGCUUUCGCCGCCGAUCCGAGACGUAGAUUUGACGGGCCCCGACGGCUCUCUCUGCAACUUUGCAACAGCGGACGACUUCUAUGAUGACCCGUGUUUCGACUCCCCGGACCUGCGCUUCUUCGAGGACCUGGAUCCGCGCCUCGUGCACGUGGGCGCGCUCCUGAAGCCCGAGGAACACUCGCACUUCCCUGCGGCCGCGCACCCGGUGCCGGGCGCGCGCGAGGAUGAGCAUGUGCGCGCGCCCAGCGGGCACCACCAGGCGGGCCGCUGUCUACUGUGGGCCUGCAAGGCGUGCAAACGCAAGACCACUAACGCGGACCGCCGCAAGGCCGCUACCAUGCGCGAGCGGCGCCGCCUGAGCAAAGUCAACGAGGCCUUCGAGACGCUCAAGCGCUGCACGUCUAGCAACCCAAACCAGCGGCUGCCCAAGGUGGAGAUCCUGCGCAACGCCAUCCGCUAUAUCGAAGGUCUGCAGGCGCUGCUUCGCGACCAGGACGCCGCGCCCCCUGGUGCUGCCGCUGCCUUUUACGCGCCUGGCCCUUUGCCCCCAGGCCGCGGCGGCGAGCACUACAGCGGCGACUCGGACGCGUCCAGUCCGCGCUCCAAUUGCUCCGACGGCAUGAUGGACUACAGCGGCCCCCCGAGCGGUUCCCGGCGGCGGAACUGCUACGACGGCACCUACUACAGCGAGGCGCCCAACGAACCCCGGCCCGGGAAGAGUGCUGCGGUGUCGAGCCUCGACUGCCUGUCCAGCAUCGUGGAGCGCAUCUCCACCGAGAGCCCCGCCGCGCCCGCUCUUCUGCUGGCCGACGCGCCGCCGGCGUCGUCUCCAGGCCCGCAAGAGGCGGCCGCCGGGAGCGAGGUCGAGCGCGGCAGCCCCACCCCUUCCCCCGACGCCGCCCCUCAGUGCCCAGCGGGCGCGAACCCCAACCCGAUCUACCAGGUGCUCUGAGGGGUUGGGCGGCCACUUCGGGGGGUGCCGCUGCCCUCGGGGCCGAGGGAUGGUGCCCUUAGGGUCCCUCGCGCCCAAAGGAUUGAGCUUAAAUGCCAACUCCCCUCCCAACAGCGCUUCAAAAGCGACCCCUCCGGAGGUAUGAGAGGCGGGGGAACUGAUGUGUGUUUCCGCACCCCAGGGCAAGGACACGGUCCUUUUUCUCCACGCAGCACCCUUCCCUGAGACCUGCUGCGGUGGCCGUUUGAUGUUACUCCUUGGGCCAGAGCUGACCCUUGAGGGCCCAGGCCCUUCCUCUUCCUCGCCCCCUCCCCCAUGGGGGGGUGGGACCCACGCAGACCUAAGCCCUGCCCCCGGACACCCGGAUGCUUAAAGGAGCGUAGCCUCUCUUUUCGGGAGCCCUCGGGACGUCGGCUCUUUCCCGCCGCUCCCUUGCCAAGUGUAACAGCUGUAACGGUAACCACUCCCACCCCCUCUCCCGGUUCAGGACCACUUUUUGUAAGACUUUUGUAAUCUAUUCCUGUAAAUAAGAGUUGCUUUGCCAGAGCAGGAGCCCCUAGGGCUGUAUUUAUCUCUGAGGCAUGGUGUGCGGUGCGACAGGGACUUUGUAUGUUUAUACGGCAGGCGGGCGAGCCGCGGGCGCUCGCUCAGGUGUUCGAAAUAAAGACGCUAAUUUAUACCGCG